AAGGAACGUGAAAGACGCGCGAAAUUGCGUCAGCAGAGAAGGGAGGUUGAAGCCAAUAUGGAUCUGGACGAAAGUGCUUGGUUUCAACAGCGCGAAAUGCUGGAUCUCGAUGACCUGACUUUUCAACAGGGCUCACAUUUCAUGAGCAAUAAGCGCUGCCACCUUCCGGAUGGGUCUUUUCGAAAACAGCGAAAAGGUUAUGAAGAAGUUCACGUACCUGCGCUGAAACCAAAAGCGUUUGCAGCUGAUGAAAAACUUGUUGGCAUCGAGGAACUGGAUAAAUUUGCACAGGCUGCGUUCAUGGGCUAUAAGCGACUAAAUCGCAUUCAGUCGAAGCUUGCAAAAGCUGCUUUGUACGACGAUGGAAAUCUGUUGCUUUGUGCGCCUACCGGUGCCGGAAAGACUAACGUCGCUUUACUAUGCAUGAUGCGGGAAAUUGGUAAACAUUUGAAUGAAGAUGAAUCGAUAGCGAGCGACGAAUUUAAAAUCAUCUACGUUGCGCCGAUGCGCUCACUAGUACAGGAGAUGGUGCUCAAUUUUUCUAAGCGCCUCGAAUCAUACAAUCUGAAAGUAGACGAAUUGACCGGUGAUCAUCAGAUGACCAAAGAACAAAUCCAGGCGACGCAGGUGAUCGUUUGUACCCCGGAAAAAUUUGACAUUAUUACUCGUAAAGGUGGUGAACGUUCUUUCCUGCAGUUGGUGCGCCUUAUUAUAUUCGACGAGAUACAUCUUCUCCACGAUGAUCGCGGUCCAGUACUGGAGGCGCUGAUUGCUCGUACUCUUCGCCAAAGUGAGCAGCUACAAGAUCCGGUGCGUCUGAUUGGGUUGUCGGCAACACUACCUAACUACGAAGAUGUGGCGACCUUCCUUCGAGUCGACAAAAAGAACCUUUUCUAUUUCGACAACUCAUAUCGACCAGUUUUACUUGAACAAGAAUAUGUCGGCGUCACUGAAAAGAAGGCCAUGAAGCGCUUUCAGUUGAUGAACGAAGUUGUGUAUGAAAAAGUGAUGGAACAUGCCGGCAAGAACCAGGUUUUGGUCUUUGUUCACUCCCGCAAAGAAACGGGUAAAACGGCAAGAGCCAUUCGAGACACUUGUCUAGAGCGAGACACCCUAAGUUAUUUUCUGAAAGAAGGAAGUGCAUCGACAGAGAUUUUGCGUCGUCAGGUGGAUCAGGUUAAGAACAACGAACUGAAAGACCUGCUUCCUUAUGGCUUUGCCAUUCAUCACGCUGGAAUGACCAGGGUGGACCGAACGUUGGUUGAGGAUCUAUUCGCUGAUCGACACAUUCAGGUCUUAGUUUCUACUGCGACUUUGGCUUGGGGAGUGAAUCUUCCGGCUCACACAGUGAUCAUAAAAGGAACUCAAAUAUACAAUCCGGAGAAGGGACGAUGGGUAGAACUUGGUGCCCUUGACGUCAUGCAGAUGAUGGGCCGAGCUGGUCGACCACAGUAUGACACUAAAGGUCGUGGAAUUAUGAUCACAAACCACACCGAAUUACAGUACUACUUGUCGUUAAUGAAUCAACAGCUGCCGAUUGAAAGUCAACUGAUCAGCAAGUUGCCGGAUUGUCUUAAUGCUGAGAUUGUGCUUGGAACGAUGAAUAACGUCCGGGAGGCAGUUGAUUGGCUCGCCUACACCUACCUCUAUGUACGCAUGCUGAGAGCUCCAACACUCUACGGUGUUUCGUAUGAACAGUUAAAGACGGACCCCCUGCUUGAACAGAGACGAGCAGAUUUGAUUCACACUGCUGCAUGCAUGUUGGACAAGGCAAAUCUGGUCAAGUAUGACAAGAAAACUGGCACUUUCCAAGUGACGGAGUUGGGUCGAAUAGCGAGCCACUAUUACAUAACCUAUGAUUCGAUCCAAACUUAUAACCAACUUCUGAAACCCACUCUUUCGGAAAUCGAACUUUUUCGUGUAUUUUCUUUGUCGUCCGAGUUCAAGAAUUUGUCUGUUCGAGAAGAGGAAAAGUUGGAAUUGCAGAAGUUGGCUGAACGUGUUCCAAUUCCUAUUAAAGAAAGCAUCGAAGAACCCAGUGCUAAAACGAACGUACUGCUCCAAUCAUACAUCUCACAAUUGCGACUCGAUGGUUUCGCUUUACAGUCAGAUAUGACUUAUAUAUCUCAAUCAGCCGGACGUCUGUUCCGCGCUAUUUUCGAGAUCGUUCUUUAUCGUGGUUGGGCACAACUAGUACAAAAAUCGCUUGCGUUGUGCAGUAUGGUUAAUCGAAGAAUGUGGCAAUCCAUGUGCCCAUUGCGGCAGUUUAGGAAGAUUCCUGAAGAACUGAUCAAAAAGAUUGAGAAAAAGAAUUUUUCCUUUGAACGUUUGUAUGAUUUGGGACCGAAUGAAUUAGGUGAACUAAUUCGUUUACCGAAGAUGGGCAAGCCAUUACAUAAAUACGUUCAUCAGUUUCCGAAGUUAGAACUGACCACUCACAUUCAGUCCAUCACCAGGUCGACUUUACGUGUGGAAUUAACCAUCACCCCUGAUUUUCACUGGGAAGAGAAAAUACAUGGCCACUCAGAGGGAUUCUGGAUUUUUGUAGAGGACGUCGACAGCGAAGUGAUUCUUCAUCACGAGUACUUCCUCCUAAAACAAAAAUUUGCUGAAGACGAACAUAUUCUAAAAUUUUUUGUGCCCGUUUUUGAACCCCUUCCGCCGAUGUAUUUCAUAAGAAUCGUUUCAGACAAGUGGCUAGGUUCUGAAACAGUUUUACCGGUAUCUUUCCGCCAUCUGAUUUUACCCGAGAAAUAUCCACCUCCAACUGAAUUGCUGGACUUGCAGCCACUGCCGAUUUCAGCUCUCAGUAAUCCCCAGAACGAAGCUCUGUACAACGAAGAUAUAAAGGUUUUUAAUCCUAUUCAAACACAGGUUUUUCGAAUUCUUUAUGAAAGUGAUGACAGUAUUUUCAUCGGCGCCCCGCAUGGAAGUGGUAAGACACUCUGUGCUGAAUUAGCAAUGCUCAGGCUGUUUAAUAACAAUCCGAAUGGGCGAUGUGUCUAUGUCGCGGCCGUUGAAAGUCUUGCACGUCUGGUAUACGAGCGAUGGCAAAAUAAAUUCGCACAACUCUUAAAGAAAACCGUUGUCCAUUUGGUAGGGGAUACAGCUAGCGAUCUGAAGCUGAUCGCCAAGGGACAGCUGAUCAUCACCACACCUGAAAAGUGGGACGUAUUGUCUCGACGUUGGAAACAGCGCAAGAAUGUGCAGAACAUCAACCUGUUCAUUGCUGAUGACCUACAGUUCAUUGGCGGCGAGGACGGGCCGAUUUAUGAAGUGAUCUGCUCGCGUAUGCGGUUCAUGAGUAACCAGUUGGAGCGACCAAUUCGCGUCGUUGGCCUAAGCACGUCGUUGAGUAACUCUAAGGAUGUCGCCCAGUGGCUUGGCUGUGGCUCGCAGUCGACUUUCAGUUUCCAUCCGAACGUUCGACCCGUGCCAUUGGAGCUACACAUUCAGGGAUUUAACUUCAGUCAUGCCCCAUCUCGCCUCGAUGCGAUGGCAAAGCCAGUUUAUCUAUCACUUUUGAAGCACGGAGGAGUUUUGCGUCCUAAGCCGGCUUUGAUAUUUGUUCCUACGCGCAAGCAAGCGAGGAUUACUGCUGUUGAUAUGCUGACGUUUGCUGCCGCUGACAAUCAGCCAACUCGUUUCCUGCACGUCAAAAAGGAGGAUAUCGAGCCGUGUGUCGAAAAGCUAACUGAUAAGACUCUUAAGGAAACUUUGAGUUGUGGCGUCGGCUACCUUCAUGAAGGAGUUAACGACGUUGAUCGACGAGUCGUCGAACAGCUGUUCAAAAUCGGUGCGAUUCAAGUCAUUGUCUGCAGUCGGACGUUAUGCUACCGACUGGAUGUUCAGGCGUACUUGGUGGUGGUGAUGGAUACACAAGUUUACAAUGGCAAAAUCCACGCUUAUGAAGAUUAUCCAAUAUACGACGUGCUGCAGAUGGUUGGAAAGGCGAAUCGACCGAAUCUUGAUGAAGACGCAAAAUGCGUGCUUCUAUGCCAAAACACAAAAAAAGAUUUUUUCAAGAAGUUUCUCUAUGAACCUCUGCCUGUCGAGUCACAUCUGGACCAUUGCUUGCAUGAUCACUUCAAUGCCGAGAUAGUCACAAAAACGAUUGAAAACAAGCAGGAAGCGAUCGAUUACUUGACUUGGACAUUUUUGUACCGAAGAAUGACGCAGAAUCCAAAUUACUAUAAUUUGCAGGGUGUUUCCCAUCGUCAUCUAUCGGACCAUCUCUCAGAACUGGUGGAAAACACCAUGUCGGAUUUGGAACAGGCGAAAUGUAUAACGGUCAUCGACGACAUGGAUUGCCAGCCGUUGAACUUAGGCAUGAUAGCUGCCUAUUACUACAUAAAUUAUACUACCGUGGAGCUGUUCAGCAUGUCGCUCAGUUCGAAAACGAAGGUUCGCGGUUUGAUUGAAAUCAUCUCCAGUGCGUCAGAAUAUGAGAGCAUUCCGGUUCGUCACAGGGAAGAUAAUAUUCUUAAGCAGCUUGCUGCCAAGGUUCCCAACAAGCCACAAUCGAACAGGUUUACCGAUCCUCAUGUGAAAACCAAUCUUUUGCUGCAGGCUCACCUUAGCAGAAUGCAGUUGCCUGCUGAGCUGCAAGCUGAUACGGAAGUCAUUCUGAAGAAGGCACUUCGCUUGAUUCAAGCUUGUGUAGAUGUUCUCAGCAGCAAUGGUUGGCUUUCUCCAGCGCUCGCUGCCAUGGAAUUAGCACAGAUGGUCACACAGGCAAUGUGGAACAAAGAUUCGUAUCUAAAACAGUUGCCACAUUUCACCAGCGACCUAAUCCGACGUUGUUCCGAAAAAGAUAUUGAAACGAUAUUUGACAUAAUGGAAAUGGAAGAUGAAGAUCGAAAUAAGCUUUUAACCCUGAACGAGAUAGAAAUGGCAGAUGUAGCCAGGUUUUGCAAUCGCUAUCCAAACAUUGAAUUAACAUACGAAAUCGAAAAUAAGGAAAUUAGAAGUGGCGAACUGGUAAAUCUGAAGUGCAAGUUAGAUAGAGAAGAAGAGACUGUCGGUCCUGUUAUCGCCCCUUUUUUCCCAGAAGUAAGCUCACUAGUUUUUUUCGUGAUCAUUCUAAAUAAAACAGAGGAGGGUUGGUGGCUUGUGAUAGGACAGCCAAAGCAGAACGCGCUGAUAUCUAUCAAACGGUUCACAUUACAGGAAAAGGCGACUCUGAAGCUAGACUUUAUUUCUACAAGUCCAGGCAGUCACCAGUACGUGCUCUACUUCAUGUCGGACUGUUAUAUGGGUUGUGACCAAGAGUACAAGUUUACCAUCAAUGUUCUACCUGAAAAAGAUGCAGAAAAAGAGUCGAGUAGCAGUCGAAAGAGGCGUCGUGACGACAACUGA